AUGUCGUCUCCGUCCGCCAUCCUCCGGCGCUACUUUGCAACCUCUGCACGCGUGAGGCACAAUAACCCGCUGGGUCUGCCCAACCGAGGACUGCCGCCGCAAAUCCCGAGGAGAGGAGGGCCUAUACAGAAGCGGUCGCUUCCUCAUGUGAAGAAAGUUAUUGCGGUAGCCAGUGGAAAGGGUGGAGUGGGAAAGAGCACGGUUGCAGUCAAUCUUGCGUUCUCGCUCGCAAUGUCCAAGAACUCGGGGCUUAGUGGGCGACCUAGAGUGGGCAUUCUUGACUUGGACAUCUUUGGACCUUCCGUACCAAAACUCAUGGGUCUCGAGAGUGCGAAUGAUCCUCUUCUUACUGCCGCGGGCGCGAUUAUUCCUCUCCGGAACCAUGGGCUCCCUUGCAUGUCGAUGGGCUUUCUUCUUCCCCGCCCAGCUGGUGCAGAGUCAAGCGCGGAUACCCCGGUCGUAUGGCGCGGCCUGAUGGUGCAAAAAGCGGUGCAGCAGCUACUCUUCGACGUGGAUUGGAGAGACAAUGAAGGUGGACCUGGGCUUGAUGUGCUUGUCAUUGAUAUGCCUCCUGGCACAGGCGACGUCCCGCUAACACUAGGGCAGUUGGUAAAUGUCGAUGGCGCCGUGAUUGUAUCGACACCUCAAGAUGUUGCACUGACAGAUGUGCGCAAGGGUGUUUCCAUGUUCCAGAAAAUUUCCGUACCUAUCAUCGGCCUACUCCUGAACCAGUCACACUUUAUAUGCCCCUCGUGUGCCACCUCGCACUACCUCUUCGGCCCUCCCAAAUCCUUCCGCGCAACUGCUACUCGCCUUGGCGUCGAUGUACUCGGAGAGCUCCCUCUAGUCCCGGGAGUGAGCAGUGGCGGCGAUAAAGGCAUCCCGUAUGCCCUGGCGAGCGCAGACGCUGUACCGGACGGAGGAAGAGAGCAGUGGCUGGCGACGAUGGAUGAUAUUGCUUCGCGCGUUUGGCAGUCUUUAAAGUAG